UUCUCAAAUCAUUCAUCAGCAUUGCAGUGUUUUUCUCUAUACAUCUUUAGAGAAACUACUGCAUUCCUUUUGAAUCACCUUCUAACGAAACAAAGAGAAGACAUGGCACGUCAACUGAUUGUUCUCGCCCUUGUGUUCGUGGCUGUUGCUGGGGCAUUCGCCGCCGAUCAGUCACCUGCGUCAUCCCCAUCAUCUGCUCCCAAGGCUUCACCUUCAAAGUCGUCAUCUUCUACACCUGCUGCUUCUCCCAAGUCGUCAUCCUCCUCCCCAUCUCCUUCCCCCAAGAAGUCUAGCAGCCCCGCCGCAUCACCAAAAUCCGCUCACGCCCCCGCCCAAGCCCCCAACACUCCUGCUGCUUCCCCCAAGAGCUCCACCCCAAGCCAGAGCCCCAGCGAGGACCCUUCCGCUGAGGCCCCCGAGCUCGCAUCCCCUCCUGCCCCAACCGACGAGGCCCCUGCUUCUGGCCCUUCUGCUGACGGCCCUACAGCUGAUGGCACUCCCGCACCAGCACCAGGCAACUCUGGUGCCGCUGCUCUCAAAGCCACUGGCAUCCUUGGUGUUGCAGCUCUUGCCGGGUUCUUCUUCUGAGCUUGACAUGGCACAUGCACGGAGGGUUUUGAGGAUGCUUUUCUAAUUUUGUAUGUUAUCAAGUAAAACAGUUUUAUUUGUUUGUGAAAUCAGUUCUUAGAGUCCUCAGAUGAAGGCUCUGAUUCUUAAUAUAUUUUGUUUGUGAACUAUA